CAAAUAAGUAAACAAGUACAUUUGAAUCUGAAUAUUUAUUCACUACUGAAUGCUUUUUAAAGUUUAAAAUUUAAAAAUGAAAAAGAAGAAAAACAAACAAUUUAGUAACAAGGCUGUUGAAGAUGCAUCAUAUGGAUCCACUGAUGAAGCAGCCUGUAAUUUUAGUGAUGGAUCAAUGGUAAAAGACGAGUCAGUUUGUGAAGCUGACUGUGUGUUACAGCUGUCUAAAGUUAGUGUAUGUGAAGAUAAAAAAGGAUAUUCAAAAUUGAUUCGAUCUAACUGGGAAAAUGUUGCCCUUCUUCAUCCAUCGAUCAUGAACUCUCUAUCCAUAACCAGUCAUGUUGUAAUUGCCAGUCAAGAAAGUAGUACCUUAUGUGUUGUUUACCCAUUGAAAAGCUUAAAAAAAUCUACUGUUUGUUUACCAAAAGAUAAUUUUGGCUUUAAGCAAGGGGAUGUUGUCAAUAUUCAACAAUAUAAAGGACAGAUACGAAUAGCAGCUGAGAUUUUUGUUUCGCUAAAUCCAAAGAUAAAUGCUACCCAAGAUCUAGUUGAAAGGGUACAUACAAGUUUAUGCCAUAGAUUUUUUAGUGAAGGAACAUCAUUAAAGUUUCAACAAUUGGGAAGCACUUAUGAGAUUACUAUUUCACGAAUACUUCCUGAAGUACCAAAUGAUUCCCCUAGUUAUUCACUGAACUCUCAUCUUUCUUAUUUAAAUGACAUUUGCUCAUUAUCAAAUUUGACUUUGAAUGAUGAUUCAAAAUAUCUUCAAUCUACUCCACAUAAGAUGAGGACGAAUUUUGAUCAAUCUUUUGGUGUUCCUGAAUUUUCAUCUACUCCUCAAAACAAUCAGUUAAAAAAACCUCAAAAAACAAUUCCUGUUGCCUGCAAUUCUUCUUUUGGAGAUGCUGAGUUCAGGACUGAUGUUGAGUAUUUUAAAAUAUCUCACAAAACUAAGAUACAUAUAACGCCCUUAACAGAAGAAGGCGAAAAUAGUUCUGUAACUCUGUUUAGUGAAAUUAUUGGUUUACAUGAGCAGCUGCAUUUUAUUAAGAAAUUUUUAAACAUGUUUUUGAGAUGUCAAGAAAACCAUGGUGUUAGUUUAAUGUUUAUGGGGCCAUCUGGUACAGGAAAAACCAUGGUUAUGGAAACUAUCUCUAAGGAAUACCAACUGCAUUCUGAAAGAAUUCAUUGGUAUGACAUUUAUUCAAAGCAUAUUUUUGAAGCUGAAGAGGACCUGAGAUCAACAUUUGCAAGAGCUGCACGAAAAUGCCCAUCAAUCAUAUUUAUAGAUGAAUUAAAUUACCUUUGUCCGCAUAAAGAAGAAGCAAGUGCAUUUACUUCCCAAAUUUGUAAUAUAUUGACAGACCUAAUCAAGGAACUACCAAGCGAAGUAUUGAUUGUUUCUUCAUCCAACAGUGCAAAUUACAAUGAUGUUGCUUUCAAAGUUGAUGGCAGGAUAAUACAAGAAGUUAAGUUUCCAUUACCUAACAUUGAAGAAAGAAAAGCAAUGUUUCAAAAGUUAUUAAAUGAAAAAAAGCAUUCCCUUACUUCCGAUGAAAUACAGGACUGUGCAGCCAUUUCUCACACAUUUUCAAUGAAAGACAUCACAGAUGUUGUUAUGGAUGCUCAAAAUCUUUGCUACAUGAAAGCUGUCAAAAGUUCUAGUAAUGAUGAAGUCAAUGUCAGCUGUGUUUUAAAUUUUUCUGAUAUAAAAAGGAUUUGUAAGUUGAAGAAGCCACAGAUUCUCUCAUCAAGCACUUUAAAAGUUAAAAAGGUCUUCUGGAAAGACAUAGGGGGAAUGAAGGCUGUGAAAGAAAAACUAAGAGAACUAGUUGAAUGGCCUCUGAAAUAUCCUGAAGCAUUUAAGAGAUUCAACAUUACGCCAUCAAAAGGGGUGUUGAUGUACGGUCCUCCAGGAUGCUCUAAGACAAUGAUUGCUAAAGCUCUUGCCACUGAGUGUAAUCUGAAUUUCAUAUCUAGAAAU